CAUUAACGUUAGUUAAUUUAUGUUGGAUACUCAACAUAACAUGAUACCCAUAUCAACUUCAUUAAUAAUAUAAUCCAGAAAAACCACCGGUAAUUUCCCGCCGUAUUUCUCGGUACUUGACUUCUUUUAUCCGUGCUUCUUGUAACAAUGACGAGUGCAAACACCGCUGGAAAUCCACUGCAAAUUAUUGCGCAAGUAAACAGUGACGAGGACGAAACCGACGAAACCACUUCAUUUCUCCAAUCUGCAAGCACUCCGACAAGUGUCUCGACUAGUGCAACUGCAAUGGCAUCAGACAAACGCCCCAAAGAAAAAAAAGAAUCGCCCGCCACUGAAGCCCUGUCAACGUUUAAUCAACACAUGACAACGGCAGCACACGCCUGUGUACUGCUUUUUGUUAUUUUGAUUAUUUAUUUCUGUUUUUCUGGAGAAUUUGUAUUUUUUUCAUGGCACCCACUUCUGUUAUCUAUUGGAUGGAUGUUUUUGAUGACCGAGGCCAUUCUGACCAUAUCCAAGGAAAACCUCUUCACGGGGACUUUACCAAAGAAAGUUCGAGUGAAACUACAUUGGGUGUUUCUGACGAUUGCGAUAGUGCUCAUUUUGAGUGGAUUUACAGUGGCAUAUCUCACUAAAAACUACAACAACAAGGAACAUUUCAAGAGUUGGCAUGCUAUUUUUGGGGUAGCGGGGAUUGCUUGCAGCAUCCCAACAUGUCUGGAUGGAAUUGCGGCCCUCUACCACGGAGAUCUAAGACACUACAUUAGUCCCCGGAUCAACAAGUUCAUACACAUAAUGAGUGGAGUCACUACUUUUACUUUCGGAGGGUUAGCUCUGAUUUUAAGUGUGUACACAAACUGGUUUGCGAGACAUUCCAACCAGAAUAUGAUUACGUUUAUUUUGGGGUUGGUUCUCGUCACUUUUCCUAUUGUUUGGACUGUGAUAAGACCUGCUACUACUUGUUUGAAGCAGGUGAAGAAGCUCAUGAAGCUUGAGUGAUUUAAUUUUAAUUUAAUAAGUCGUUUCUUACCAAAUUUUGUACUUAACAUUCCACUAUGUGUUUUCAUGUAUAAGGACCACUAUUUAUAUUUUUAUAAAAUGCACAUUUAUAUUAUGUAUAUAUUUGAAAUAAAGAUAUUUGACCUA